AUGUCUCAAAGCAUUAUUCAGCUAAAAUGUUUUUGCAAUAACUACCCAUGGGGUCGUGUAGGGAAGGAGUCCCUCGCUGCAACUCUAUGUCAGCGGACAAAUCCCGACUUCAGACUCGAAGAUGAUCAAAACUAUGCGGAAAUGUGGAUGGGAACGUAUCCGGAAUUACCGUCUUACUCAAUGGAGGGUGAAAAUCUUCAGGACAUUCUCAACAAGAACAAAGAGAGAUUGAUCGGUCAAGGAGUGUUGGACAAGUUCGGCGUGGAUCUACCAUUUCUUCCCAAAAUACUUUCCAUCGCCAAAGCUUUACCAUUGCAGAUUCAUCCAGAUAUCGAGCUGUCGAAGAAGCUUCACAAACAAGACCCAGAGAAAUACUCCGAUACCAACCACAAGCCCGAGAUUGCCGUGGCUCUUGGGAAGUUUGAGGCAUUCGUAGGCUUCAAACCACUCAAGGAUAUCGAGAGGCUCAUGAAUCUGGAGCCUUUGAAAACCUUUGUACCCCCAAAUACUCCAGAAGCCAAUUUUCAGGAUGAUACGUUGAAACAAAUCUGCCGAAGUCUUCUCACAGCAUCACCAGAUCAGGCUCGUUCAACACUCAAGAGUCUCAAAUGCACCUCUAGUGAUGAGUUGGGCGGUCAAGCUUACAUUCUGGAUCUCAUUCCGAGACUCGAAUCGAUGUACGGAUCGGAAGACAACGGUAAUCUCGUCGCACUCUUGUGCAUGAACUUCCUCGUCUUGGAGGCUGGCUCUGCCCUGUACAUUCCAGCAGACGGCAUACACGCAUACCUUACGGGGAAUAUCAUCGAAUGUAUGGCCCGCUCUAACAACGUCAUUAACACCGGCUUCUGCCCACGCGCUGACCGAGACGAUAUUGACCUCUUCGUCAAUGCACUUACCUUCAAACAACAUGACCCCGAAGAACCAAUGUUAAAGCGGGAGAAGAGUGAGAAGAGUACAAAAGGAAAGACUGAAGUCUUCAAGCCACCAAUGAGUGAGUUUAACAUGCUUGUGACAGAGCUCAAAGCCGGAGAAGGCGAAACGGUCAAGGAAGUUGGUGGGCCGAGUAUUGCUAUCGUUGUGAGUGGGAGUGGCAUGAUGGGCGCCCAGGACCAGGAAUUUGAGAUCGGUGAGGGCACCAUUUACUUCAUUGGACACGGCAUCGAGGUGAAGUACACUGCCAAAGAUGAUCUCCAGGUCUAUAGGGCUUAUGUAGAGUAA